AUGGCCGCCUCGAAGCCCGUGGAGGCGGCGGCCGGCGGCGGCGGCGGCACGGGGCUGUCCCGCUGGCAGCUGGCGUUGGUGCUGGGGGCGCCGAUUCUGCUGGGCGCCGGCGCGCUCUACCUGUGGGGGCGGCGGGCGGCCCGCCGCGGCGGCAAGGGGGCGAGCGAGCGGAAGACCCCGGAGGGGCGGGCGAGCCCCGGGCCCUGCGGCGGCGGCGGCGGGCAGCCCGAUGGGCCCGGCCACGAGGAGAUGAGCCCUCUUGAUAGAGCCCAAGCAGCUAAGAACAAAGGAAACAAAUAUUUUAAAGCAGGAAAAUAUGAGCAAGCUAUUCAGUGUUAUACUGAGGCUAUCAGCCUGUGCCCUCCUGAGAAAAACCUUGACCUUUCUACCUUCUAUCAAAAUAGAGCUGCUGCCUAUGAACAACUGCAAAAAUGGACAGAAGUGGCACAAGACUGCACAAAGGCUGUUGAGCUUAAUCCUAAAUAUGUAAAAGCUCUCUUCAGACGUGCAAAAGCUCAUGAGAAGUUAGACAAUAAGAAGGAAUGUUUAGAAGAUGUCACUGCAGUCUGCAUUUUAGAAGCCUUCCAAAACCAGCAAAGUAUGUUAUUAGCUGAUAAAGUUCUUAAACUGCUUGGAAAAGAAAAGGCCAAAGAGAAAUACAAGAAUCGUGAGCCUCUGAUGCCCUCACCACAGUUCAUUAAAUCCUACUUCAGUUCUUUCACAGAUGAUAUAAUCUCCCAACCUUUGCUUAAGGGUGAGAAAUCAGAUGAAGAUAAGGAUAAGGAGGGAGAGGCUUCUGAAGUAAAAGAAAACUCUGGCUAUUUGAGAGCAAAACAAUAUAUGGAAGAAGAGAACUAUGACAAAAUUAUCAGUGAAAGCACAAAAGAAAUUGAAGCAAAGGGAAAAUACAUGGCAGAAGCUUUGCUUCUGCGAGCUACUUUCUACUUACUUAUUGGCAAUGCAAAUGCUGCCAAACCAGACCUAGAUCAGGUCAUCAGCAUGGAAGAUGCAAAUGUGAAGCUCCGAGCUAAUGCUCUGAUCAAACGAGGAAGUAUGUAUAUGCAGCAGCAGCAACCUGUGCUGUCCACUCAAGACUUUAACAUGGCUGCUGAUAUUGAUCCUCAGAAUGCAGAUGUUUACCACCAUCGAGGACAACUGAAAAUCCUGCUUGACCAAAUUGAAGAGGCUGUGGAAGACUUCGAUGAAUGUAUCCGAUUGCGACCCGAUUCUGCCUUGGCUCAAGCACAGAAAUGUUUCGCCCUGUAUCGCCAAGCUUAUACAGGAAAUAAUCCUUUGCCUGUGCAAGUAGCCAUGAAAGGCUUUGAAGAUGUCAUACAAAAAUUUCCAAAGUGUGCUGAAGGCUAUGCGCUCUAUGCUCAGGCACUAACUGAUCAGCAGCAGUUUGGCAAGGCUGAUGAAAUGUAUGAUAAAUGCAUUGACCUUGAGCCAGACAAUGCCACUACAUAUGUUCAUAAAGGUUUACUUCAGCUCCAGUGGAAACAAGACUUAGAAAAAGGGUUAGAACUCAUAAGCAAGGCCAUUGAAAUUGAUAACAAAUGUGAUUUUGCAUAUGAAACCAUGGGAACGAUUGAAGUGCAAAGAGGUAAUCUGGAUAAAGCCAUUGAAAUGUUCAACAAAGCUAUCAACCUGGCCAAAUCUGAAAUGGAGAUGGCCCACCUCUACUCACUCUGUGAUGCUGCCUAUGCCCAGACAGAAGUUGCAAAGAAGUAUGGAUUGAAACCACCAACACUGUAAAGAAACAAGGAGGAAAUGACCUUCUAAAGUGAAGUUGCCCACUUCAGCCAGCCCUAAAGACGCUGUUGCAGACCAUGUUGAAUGGUGGAACUUAGUUUUUUUUCCCGUUCGUGGUGUUGUCAUUUGCUACAUCUGUUAAAUGUUUAGGUGUUGUGGGAGUGGUUGUUCAAGGAAGUAUGCAGUGUUGCGUCUUGUUCCUUCUGCAGCAAAAAACCUUAAAGCGCGUUAAGGGAAAAAAAGUUGCAGGGGAACAAAAGGAAGAUAUUUUGGCCAUGCAAAUAAAAACUUCACACUGGUUCAUUCUGGGUGAUUAUGUUGUGGGCAAUUUCUGCUUUAUCAAACAAUAUUACAGCAUGUGGGGUUUUUUUCUGUUGAUUUUAAAGGUAAUACUAGUCAGUGCUGUAAAAUAGGUUUCUUUUUUAUAUGCAAUUAAUCCUUGAGGGUUGAUUUUAAUUUUGCAAAAAGGAAAAAAUUAAUUUUCAAACUGUUUAAUAAUAGAGGGUUUUUUAAGUCAGUAGAUGUGGAGAGAAUCCCUGUAAAUAUAUGCAAGCAUGCACAAUCUUCCCUUAAAGCCCCUCCCACCCUCAGCAUAACUUACUUAGAAAUAGUCCUGUGGCAGCUAUUAGGGAAUUAAUUUGAUAGUCCUUAUCCUCACCCCAGAAAGCCCUAGCGUACUGUAUAGGAGAGCUAGUAAAAAGGUCGGCUGGGGAAAGAGGUCAGGUAACACUGCCUCAGUGUAGGUUUUACUGGAAGAAAGGCCAUGUUCCUGUGCAACAGUCCUUACUUGAAUAUGACAGGAAAUUGUUCUGGAGGGUUCAGAGGGACUUUCAAGAACAGAAAGCACUGCUGGGAGUAGAGCUGCCAAGGUAAGGUCAUGCUUGCGUAUAAUCUUUGUAAUGUCUCUGAUGCUCUUGCUUAAAUGUAACAGCUAACAGACCGUCUAAAUUCUCUUCAGUCUCUAGAGGCUGCCGUGUUCUGAUCUCUUCCUUGUAAUAGCCCCUCUGCAGGAUUCAGUGAGACGAGGAACAAAGCAUAGGCUAAAACUUCAAAUAACGGAUUUAGAAUCUGUACUGGUUUCCUUGUUCUUUAGCCCCUGUCUUGUCCAAGAUUACAAAUACUGUAGAAAGGAAGCAACUGUUCUGCAAAUAGCAGAUUGGCAAAUUAUUAAAUACUAGUAUAAACAGUCUCCCUCUAGCUAGGAACGUCACAGAGGGCUCUCUUGCUUUGGGUUGAUCUUUCUGGUAUGGAAGUUAGUCAGUCCAUCUUGCCUCUCCCUGGAUUGAUGUGGCUGGAUAAACCUCAUGCAAAUACUUGACUGAUGUAGCUUAAUUUACGAUAUACUAAUUUGGGCUUCUUUCCAUCCUGAAAUCAUAAACUUGCUUGUGCUGAAUUGCCUAGUGUAUUUCAUCUUUUAAAGAAAUGAACCAUGCUGUGGUCAAACUGUCCUGUUCUCUAGUUGUGCCACCAUAUAGCAGCAGCUUGUAUUUUCAACUCGACCUUCCUUUCUCCCAGCAACUACAGUUGAGAAUUCAAAUGGUGGUGAGUAGGCAUAAAGAUUUAAUCAUUCUAUUUUAGCUAGCUCAGUAGGUGAUCUGAAAUCAUAGCGUUGGUGUAGAACUGAAGGCAUUGGAAGGUACUGGCAGCUUCUAAGGGCACCGCACAUAACAAGUGUCAAAUGUCUUAUGGAACUUCCAAUCUCUGCAUCAAUUACCUGAGAACAAAAAUAUGCCAGACUGACUGAUGUAUCCUGUUCUCCUGAGGAGUUUUUAUUCGCAUGGCCUUAUUGACAUUGGCAUUUUCUCCUCUUCACCCUACCUGUACCCCAUUCCUUACCCCACCCAAUCAAUUAAGGGGAAAAAGCAUGUGCUGUCAAAUACUAGCAUUCCAAAUCAUCACAGACUUUUGCCUGUUCUUGAACUAGUUUGAAACUGCACUGAAAGGAUGCAUUGUCUGUAAUUUUUUUUGUAAAUGAUGUAUCACCUGUAAACUGAAAAAAUAAAUAUUACCUUCAAGUAUCUCUCUGACACAUAUAAGAACAGGUUUUGACAAAAGCGUUCUCUGCAGUGGUGCUCUUUGUGCUUAUUUGAGGUUCCUCUGAAUCUAGAAAGAACUAAUAAUGACUGACUCCCUGGCAUCUUCUCUCACUUCAACCUUUAGGAAAAAAUGAGGAAGAGACAUAGAAUUAACAAGUCUUAUCUCUGACUGCUUCUAUCACCCACAGAGGUGUGAUCGAGAGCUGAAGAUUACAGGGAAAAGGAAAUCCAGCCAGAAAAGCUGGGAAUCUGAGUAGCUGACAUGCUGUUAAUGUGUGUAUGCAGGUGGAUCCCUUUAGUGAAAGGGAUUUUCUUUUUUUUUUUUUUAAAUGGCUGAUACAGUUGAGGUUUUCCUUUAAGCCAGGUGUGCAUGUGAACUUUGAGAAAAGCUUUCUUUAGUAGGGAUUGAGAGCUGAAGUGAAACAAGUAUUACUAUUUAAAAAAAAAUCAAUCUACUGAAAUAAUGUAGGAAGCUGGUACUGAAGACCUGGAUAAACCUGGUAUCCUAGAGACUCUUGAGAAGUUGCUUCUACACAUGGUUGUCUUGCAUCUUAAUUCUGAUCAUGUAAAAUCCCUGUUGUUCAUGUUAGAGACAAGUUUGCUGAAAUGGAGCUUGGAAGUUGUAACUUGAAUUACUAGCAUCUAAUUGGAGACUGAAAGUGAAGAAAGAGCUAAGGAGCUGUACUGUAACUUAUGCUGGAACUAUUAAGAGCAGCUUUAACCAGGCUUCCCAGCUGCAGUGGUAAUAACUGCCCAAUACAACAGGCAUUACUCUGUUUUCUGCCAUUUCUUUAAAAAGAGUUAUUUAAGUUCUUGCAGGCUGAAAUUCUGGAGCUAUGUCAGGGCUGUUAUUGGCUGGUUUUCCAUACUUACAGAAUAAUGGUGCGUAUGUAUAAUAUGGAUACUUAAAGUGCCUGUUUUCUACCAACACAGAGAUUAAGUAUUGACUGCUUUAACUGUUACCUAGCUGAGCACUGACUGUGUACGUUUUUCACUGAAAGCCCCAAAAAUUUACAGUCCCAUUUGUAUUGCUUCUGAGCGGAUGGCACUGGAGACCCCUAAAGCAUCCUCCUAAAACAAGGUGUUUAGAAGCUGUCCUGACUGACUGGAGAGGACUGAGCUCAUGUCACCUCUUCAGCUGAGUUCACCAAAGUAGCUUGCUACAGAUUUUCAUCCAUUUCAUCCAUUCUCUCCAUUUGGGAUUCCAGGGGAGGGGGGUCCAGGCCACAGAUUCUGUUAUCUGUUGCAGACUGCACUUUGCAUUUUUAAAAUUGAGUGGUCAGCAUGUGAGAAUCCUGCUCUACUUAAAUCCUCCAAAGGUAGUAUCUAGUUCCUGCUCUGCUGCAUGUUAAACUUGUAUAGAGAGGGGAGGGAAAGACAGACGGAGUAAUUUAGAAAAAUGGAUGUAUAAUAGUUGCUAUGAUUUCAAAGUUGGAGCCCAGUGAUGGCCACCAUUGCUGAAUAUGUGGGAGGCACUAAUCUAAUCUAAUGCAGGAGACAUGACUCAAAUAGUAAAUUGUUAAUUUUUUUUUAUAUUUAUUUUUCAACAAAUAAAUCUUCAUUUCACCUUA